AUGAUUAUUUCAUCAUCAUUUUCAGGUACAUUUCGUGAUCCAGCUACCGAACAUUAUAUGACAUUAAUGGAAGCUAUUGAACGUGGUCAUAUACAUGUAAAUGGUAUUGCAUUUGCUGAUAGUGAACAAGGUCCAAUAACAUUAUAUGAUGCAUUAUCAUUAGGUUUAAUAAAUCGUCGUGAUGGUGGUAAAUUAAAUCCAGCUAAAAUAAAUUUAUAUCGUGCACGAUUAGUUGAAUCAAAAUUACAUCGAAUGAAUGUUGAAGAUGCUAUACGUUGUGGUUUACUUAAUCUUCGAACAGGUCUAUAUAAACAUCCACAUAGUGGCGAACAAUUAAAUUUAAAAGAAGCUAUACAACGUGGUUUAAUUGAUGGACAAAGUACAAUUAUUGAACAUCCAACAAGUGGACGUUUUUUGACAUUAAAAGAAGCAUUAGAUGGUAUACGUAUAGAUAAUGAUGGACAAGUUAUUGAUUCUUAUACAAAUAAAAUUAUAACAACAUUAGAAUUAGCAUUUAAUCAUAGAAAAUUAUUUUCACAAUUUGAUGUUAAUGCUGGUGAAGUAUUUCUUCCAUUACGUAAUGAAUCAGUUGGUUUUGAAAAAGCCAUAAGAAAAAAUUUACUUGAUAAUAAUCGUAUGAAAUUAUUUGAUCCUAAAACUAGUCGUGAAUAUACAAUACAAGAUGCUAUUGAACGUGGUUUAGUUGAUUCAGAAUCAGGUUUAAUUUAUGAUACACAUACACAUACACAAUAUUCUAUACGUGAAGCUAUACGUCAUGGUAUUGUUGCAAUUGUUGGUGCACCACUUGUACCAAUUAAAGCUAAUCAUGAAACAGUUGCUGCAAAAAUAACAUCAAGAAAACAUCGAAGACAUUCAUUAGCUAAAAGUUCAUUACAUUUUGAUUAUAAUAGUGCACCGGAUUCAGCUGAUGAAGAUUCACAAGGUAGUGGUUGGCAUAGAAUUAAAUCAAAAACACGUGCUAUUAGUCCAUUAAGUUUUGAUGGUAGAAGUGAUUUAAAAUAUAAUAGUCGUCGACGUACAGGUUCAAGUCCAACACGAACAUGUCGUGAUGAUGAUUGGAGAACACGAUGGACUGGUGGAAAUAAUAGAGAUGAUGAUGAUGAUGAUAAUACAUUUGGAUCUGGUGGUGGUGGUUCGAAACGUUUUGGUGGAAAUUCAUUUUAUUCAAGUGUUACAAGUCGAAUACAACAAACAAAUAAUUCAUCGGAUCAAUCACAAGGUGGACGAACAUCAUCGGGUUUUCAACAAAAACAAGAACAAUUAUCUUCUUCAUCAACAGUCACAUCAAAGGAAUCAUCAUUAACAAAUAAGCAGGAUAAUGGAAAAUCAAAUGAACCUAUUGAAAACAUACAUAAUGUUUCAUCAGCAACAAAAAUUUCUAAUAAUGAACAAUCAUUAUUAUCAACUAUCGAUAAUAAUAAUGAUGUAUUACAGUCAUCAGUUUCAGUUGAAUCAACUUCAAAAAUACAGGAUGAUGAAAAUCGGUUAAUUCUGGAGAUGCAUGAUGUUGCUGGUCGUUUAACAUUGUUACAUAAUCAAUUAAAUCAAUAUGUCUAUCUAACUGAAAAUCUUCAUGAACUUCGGAUAAACGUGGAACAUAUUAAAAAAUUACAUGCAGAAAUUGAAAAAGAAAAAUUCAUAAUUCAUAAUCUUAUUGAACGAGCUACAAAUAUUAAUCCACAAUUAGGAAUACUAACCACAGAUCUUGAAGAUAAACGAGUUGAAAUAUCUGAUAUCAAUAAUGGUUUGAGGAAUAUCAUUGAACAAUUUCUUAUUCGCGUCGAUCAAUUUAAUACAAAAUAUGCUUAUUUAACUGAAUGGCUUAGAAUUAAUGAGAAAGAAAUUGAAAAUAAUUUACAAUUAUCAACAUUAUAUAUUGAUAAUGAUAAAUUUAAGAAUAUUUUAAAUACAGGAAUUAAUUUACAAAAUGAUCUUACAUAUCUUCAAGAAUAUUUACAAGCAAUUGAUUUAAUCAUACAAGAUUUUCAACAAGCAACUGAAAAUACAGAUGAUGGAAAAUCAGCAAUGAUUUUCAAUGAACUUCAACAAUCAUUAGAAUUAUUAUCAACAAAUUAUUUUGAUUUUCUUAAACAUUGUAAACAAAUAUCAGACAUUUGUGAACGUUAUUUGAUAUUAUUCAAUGAAAUUAAUCAUUUGGAUGAAGAAUUUCUUAAAUCAAUGAAUGAAUUUGAUCAAUAUUUAGCUAUUAAUGAAAAGAAUCAAGAUGAUAAUACUAUAUUACAAAGUCUUUUACUUAAUGUUCAACAGCAAUUAGAUAAAUUACGUAUGCUUUCAACACAUGAACCCACUUCAACAUCAACAGUUGUAGCAUUGAAUAACCAUAUUCAUAAUCAACUUUUUAUUUUGCUUAAUUCUCAUACUGAACGUUAUAAUGAUGCUCAACAACGUUUAAUGCAUCAUUUCGAAUUAAUCGAACGUUUUAUUCAUGAACGUCAAACAAUAAAAGAACGUAUUAGUGAAUUAUAUCAUUGGUUAUUAUCUUCAAUUGAAAAUGAUUUUUUUUCAAAACCAUUAUCUUUAAAUCGUUCAAGAUUAGACGAACAAGUAAUAAAUUUUCGUCAAUUUCAUGCACAAUUACGUACACGUCAAUAUUCAUUUGAUUCUGAUAUAAAUAUAAAAAUAAAUCUUGAACAAUUAUUUGAUAAUGAUGACAAAAAUUCUUUAAGAUUAAUUAAAGAAUAUUUUCAAUUAUUAAAUGAACAAUCAAAUCAAUAUAAUGAACAUAUUAAUCGUUUAUCAACACGUUUGAAUGAAUUUCAUCUUGAACAUACACAUUUAAUUGAUACAUAUUCAAAUUCUAUACGUCUUUAUGUUGAACAAAUAAAACAAAAUAAUGAUAUAAAUUUUUCUGCAUUAGAAUUAUUAUUAAAUAAUGAUCAAGAUUUAAUUAUUGAUCAUACAUUAUAUGAUCAAUUAAUAAAUGAUUUAUUAGAAACAAAAAAUAUUGAAGAUAAAAAUGAUAUAUUAGAAUAUAAAAAUGAAGUUAAUGAAUAUAAAAUUCAUUAUGAAAAAUUUCAAAAUGAUUUAAGAUUAAUUCUUAAAAAUCGACACUUAAUAUUAAAUCAAUAUGAUUUAAUUAAAAAUCAAAUUGAAGAAUUUUUAUUAACAACAGAUCGUUUAUUAAAACAAACAUUAACAAUUGAUUUAUGUCAAGAUUUAUUAACUAAACAUUCAAAAUUACCUAUUGAACAAUUAAAAAUUUUAACUGAACAAUUAAUUAAUUUUUAUUCAUCACCAAAUCUUUUAAAUUUAUAUGAACAAUUAAAAUUAUCGAAACCAGUAAAUCAUUCAAAUUUAACAUUAAUUUAUCAAAAACAAACGGAUGAUUUAAUCGAAUAUUAUUUAUUAAUUAAACAACGAUUACUUCAAUAUUUAGAAUUAUUAGAAAAUAUUCAACAACAAACAAAUCAAUAUCAAUUAGCUAAACAAAUUGCUGAAAGUUCAAUUGAAAAAACUAAACAAUUAAUUACAAUCGAUGAAACUAUAAUACUUCCAUUAGAUAGUCAACAAAUUAUUGUUAUGCUAAAAAAAUAUAAAGAUAUUGGUGAUCAACUUAGAACAAUGUCAUCCACUAUUGAGGAAUACAAAGCUAUUGGUUUAACAUUAAUAAGCAUUGCUCAACGAUAUAUUGAUACUGAUCUUAUUCAAAAUGAGAUUACGUCUAUUGAUAAAACUUGGUCUGAAUAUGUUGAAUAUAUUUUUGAUACACUUGAUUAUAUUCAAUUACAUCAAGAAGAUUUACAAGAAUUUUAUCAAUUAGCUAAUAAUUUAUUAGUUUUACUUAAUGAAAAACAAUUACAAUUCGAAACAAUUAAAGAUAACGAAUUAGAAAAUUUUCGUGAUGAAAUUGAAAAUCUUAAUGAACAAAUUGAAUUAUUAAAUCAAAAAGGUGAACUUUUACUACAAAUUUCAACAACUGAUUCAAAUGACAAUCAAGUUGAACAUUUAUUAGAAACAAUUAAUCGAAAUUAUUAUAGUUUAACUAUGAAAACAAAACUUCCCUUAGAUAAAAUUAAUGAAGUGCAUCAAUCAACAACAACAACAACAGAUAAUAUUUCAUCGAUACCAUCGAAUCAAGUCACUGAUGAACUUCAUCAUCAUAUGAAUGAGAUGGAUUUAGCUAUGAAUGAAUUAUCAGAAUUAUUAGUUUCAUCAACAGCUGAUGCAAUAUCAGCUCAACCAAUUAAAUUAAGUGAACAAUUACUUGAUAGUACUGUUGUUCACAAUGAAUUAGAAAAACGAAUACAUGCUCUUGAACAAUUACAUUCAAAUAUAGAAACAUUUAAACAAAUAAUAACGAAUACAGAAGAUAUGGAUUUAGUCAAAGUUGCGGAUGAAAAACUUGCUCUACUAACUCAACAUUGGUUAAUAAUGAAACAAACAAAUGAUUUACGUGAAGAAAAUCUUUUAUUAACUCAAGUAUGUGCUAAUAAAUUUUGGUCAGAAUAUAAUGAACUUUCAACGAUUCUUAAUAAUAUUUCUCAACAAUUAUCACAAAUUCGUCCACGUUCAACAUCACGUCAAUAUCUUGAAAAUGAACAAGAAAAAUAUAAUCAAUUAGUAAAAGAUUUUUCAAAUAAUGAAAUUAAAUAUCAAGAAAUUCUUCAAAAAUAUGGUUUACAAUUAUUAACAUUAAUAUCAGAUAAUCAACAAGAAACAGAUGAUAUUCAUCGUUGUCUAUAUGAAUUAGUACAACAAUGGAAUCAAUUACAAACAGAUUUAAAUAUAUGUCAACAAGAAUUAAAACAAUCAAUGAUUAAAUCUGAUGAAUUAAAUGCUAAAUUAGAAAAUGUUUCAACAUGGUUUGAUGAUAAAUCAUCAUUUACAACAAAUAUUGAAACAAAUAAUGAAUUUGAACAUAUUCGAACAUUUAAAGAACAUUUAGAUAAUAAAUAUAUUGAUAUUAUUAAUUUAAAACAAGAUUAUACUGAUGUUGAACAACAAAAUGAAUAUGUGAUACAAGAAAAACCAAAUAUUGUUGAAGAACAAUUUGUAGAAAUUGAUUCUAAAUGGACUCAAUUAAAAGAUAAAAUACAAGAGCAGAAAAGUCUCAUUUAUGAAACUGCUCUUCGUCAAAAUCGUGUUGGUGAUGUUAUGGCUGAUAUAACUCAAUCAUUAGAUGCUUGUACAAUAAAACUAUCUGUUUUAACUGAUAAUUCUUCUGAUAUUAAUCUUACUGAUAUAAAACAACUAGAAAUCUUCAUUGCAAAAUUUCGUAUACUUUUAAAUGAUAUUGAAUUAAUAUCAUUUGAUAUUGAACAAUUAAAACAAAGUAAUUAUGAAGAUGAAAAUGUUGUUUUAAUAAUAAAUAAUCGUUGGGAAGAAUUACUUAAACGAGCAAAUAAAAAAUAUAAUUUAUUAGAAAAUAAAUUACAAGAAAUAAAAUUUAAACAAAAAUUAUUUGAUCAAAUUUAUUAUGAACUUAAUUUAAUUGAUAAACAAGUUAAUGAAAGUACAAUACAUACAAAAUUUUCUUCAAUUAUCGAUCGUUUAGAAUAUAUUGAAGGACAAAUUCAUAAAGAAUUUACUGAUGAUAACAACGAACAAGUCAAAGAUUUAAAAAAACAUUUAAUUGAUGUUAAACAACGAACAUUAAAAAAAGGCCAAGAGCUUCUUGAAUUAACGCAGUCAAUUGAAUUAUUUCAUGCAUCAUUAAAAAAAUUUAAUGAUUAUUUAACUGAAAGUGAACGCCAUUUAAAUACACAAAAACCAAUUCAACGUCGUUUUGCUUUAUUUCAAACAUUAUUAAAACAAGUUGAUGAACAUAAAACCUUUCAAAAUCAACUAGAAAUAUAUAAACAACAUUUUGCUGACUUAGAUAAAUUAGCUAUACAUUUAAAAUAUAUUUUACCUAAAAAUGAUUCUAUCUAUAUAAGAAAUUCUUUGACAUCUGUUCAAAUGCGUUGGCAAAAUAUUCUUAUGCGUGCAAAUGAAAGAAUGAAAGAAUUAGACAAAGCUGUUCAAGCAGCAAAAAAAAUAAUUCGACCGGUGGUAGCAGAUAUUGAUAGAAUUAAAAGUGAAGUUAAUCGACAAACAUCUCUUUGUCAAUGUUCAAAAAAAUAUGAUGUACAACAAAUAGCUGAAGGACGAUAUCGAUUUGGCGAAUCGCAAAGUCUUCGUCUUGUUCGUAUACUUCGUUCAACAGUAAUGGUUCGUGUUGGUGGUGGUUGGACAGCACUUGAUGAAUUUCUUGUUCGGCAUGAUCCAUGUCGAGCUAAAGGUCGUACUAAUUAUGAAUUACAUCCAGAAAAUUAUGCUUUACGCGAUGGUGUUGCUCAAACAAUGACAUUUUUUAAACCAAGACUUGUUACUGUUCAUCAACCAACAUGUAUUUUUCAUCAGCAACAACAACAACAAUCAACGGGAUCAUUAAAACAAUCAUCAGUAAUAACACCUACUUCAGUAGAUAUAAAUUUUGUUCUUCUUUAUAAAUCUAAUCGAGCAUCAUCAACAAUACCUUUAACACAACAACAACAAAAUUCAUCAUCAAAUGGUGAUUUAUCCAUAUCAGGUGAUGAUCCUUCAGCAUCACAAAAUAUUCUUAAUGAUUCAGAAACAAAACCAUCCUUAAUACCAAUACCAAUUCCAAUGUAUACACCAGCAGCAUCAACAUUAAGUCGAACAUCAAGUCGUGAAAGUGUUCUUUCUGAAAACUCAUGUACAUCAACAUCUUCAACACAACAACGGCGACCAAGUAAACUUCCAUUGCCAAUAUCUCGAUAUAAAAAAGCAACGAAUGUAACGACACCGGUCAAAAAUUCCUAA